AUGGGCCCGGAGCCGGAGGCCACCACACCGCCGCGGCCCGAAGCUGCCCCCCAGGAGGAGGGCACCAGGCCCGCUGCGACGACCGAGGCAUCGGCAACAGAGCCGGGUGUCGAGGUCGGGCCCUCUCCAGCUGAGCUAGCAGCAGAGGGGACCGCUGCCACGGCAGAGGCUGCAGCACCAGGGGCAGCGGAGGUGGUGGAGGUCGCGGCGUCGGAGGUAGCAGAGGUGGCUGUACCAGGGGUGACAGAGGCGGCGGCACCGGAGGUAGCAGAGACAGCGGCACCGGAGGUCGCCGAAGUUGCCAGCAGCGCCGCCCCACCGGCAGAGGAGGAGGAACCGGAGGUUCGCCUGGGCGACCGCAUCAACUCCGUCUCUGCCUGCUACGCCGAGGAGCGCGCCAAGCUCGUGCUGGGGCACGAGCUUCUGCAGGAGGAGCUGGAGCAAGCUCGCGUCCGGGAGGCGGCGGCGCUCCAACAGGAGAAAGAGGCCAGGCGGCGGGAAACGGAAGCCCUUGAGGGGCUGAUCGCCGUGAAGGAGAUGAAGGUGGCGUUAGCAGACAGGGAGCGGGUCGCCCGGGAGCUGGCGGCCCAGGCCAGGAAGGCGUCAGCAGCGGUCGAGGCGGAAAAGUCCGCCCUCGCAGAUUUGGCGGCGGCGGCAGCAAAGAAAGAAGAAUGGCUGGUCGCCCGUGAAGUAGAGGAGGUGGCCCGGCUCCAGGAGCUCCAGAAACGGGAAGAGGCCAUGGAGGAGGAGCUGGCAGCCAGGAACCGAAGGCUCCAGGAACGCGAGGCUGCGCUCCAGGAGUGGGAGGCCAAGGUGGAGGGGCUCCUGGCAGAGCAGCGCGCCGGCUCCGGCCGGUUAACAAGAUGGGUCGGUACGGUGAACCCUCUGCUAGAGGCACUCGGAGCCAACCCCAUCUGGGUACCGGAGGCUCCUUCGCCAUUUGGCACCGCACUCCAACUGCUGGACUCCACCGCCAGGCGGCUACAGGACACGGAGGCCAGGAUGCAGGACCUCCUGGAGACAGAGGGGCGAAUAGUUGCUCGGGGGAUGGCUGAGUACAUCCUCACCAGCUUCCGGAGCCAUGACCCCUCCAUCCAGCUGACUCUUGUCUUGGUCGGACCCCUCCGGGCGACCGUAGCCGCCGCGCGAGAAGGGGUCCAGGUGGCGGUGGACAUGGUCGCGGCCCGCCUCCGGCGUCGUCCCGAACCUGCAGAGAGCGGAGACACCUCCAGCCAGCCAGGACAAUAG